UUUUAGUACAAUAUAAUUGAAACUUUAGCUUUCUUGCUCGAGUUUGACCCCCCUGAAAGAAUAUGAAAAGAUGGCGACAUAUUUAAAACGAACGUCAAAAUUAUUUGAUAUUUCAUUGUUGCGAUCUUCCGCAGAUGUGAAUAUAAGAGAUUUAAUGUGUCCCGUGUGCCGCGGUUUAUUAAUUGAGCCAGUGACACUUCCUUGUACACAUAACCUCUGUUUACGGUGCUUGAAAGGAACCUUUGAACAUAACAGCCUGAGUUGUCCUCUUUGCAGAGUUCGUGUAGGUUCUUGGCUUCGUACAGCUACCAAGUCUGAAACAUUGGUCAACAAUGCACUUUGGGAUCUCAUCAGGACUAAAUUUCCCAAAGAGGUUGAAAAUAAAUAUAAUGGGGAUGACGGAGAAAGUGAAUUAGACGUUGGAUUAUCAGCAAGGAGUAAGAUACUUAGUGCUGCUGGAGAAAUUCGAAGAGAAUAUGAAGCACAACUUCAAAUGGCUGAAGAAGAAAUGCGACGUCGAAGAGAGAAUGAAGACAUUGCUAGCGAGGCAUUGAUAAGAAAAAUUCAAGUCGAAGAACAGGAGCAACAAUUUGCACAAAUAGCGCAAGAUCAAUUACUAGCUCAGAAUUUAGCAAAGAAGCAACUAGUAGAUAAACAGAAAGAGGUGAAGUUAUAUCAAAAUGAAUGUGUAACUUCAUCGGUGUCAAAUUGUCCUCUUGAUACAUCCAAGUUUGAUAUUAAGUCAAUGCCAUUGCUUAAUACCGAAAUUUUUAAAUUUGAUGGACAAAGUUUGGAAACAAGAAAAAUGAAUAUUCCAGAGUUAAAAAAUGAUUCCGAGUUGAGACGGUCCAAUGUUGCUUUAAUAUCUAAAAUGCGUGCAGAAAGAUAUUCAUCCAAUAUAAAACCAAAUACAUCAAAUGCAUAUAAAGACUCUACUGCUAAAUUUUGUUGUCAAAAAUCUAUGCCUAUUUAUAACACUAUUGCAAGAACUCUAAAACAUCAAGUGGUAACUAAAUUUACUCAGCCUGGAACUUCAAAUUAUUCUUUGGAGCCAGGGUGUUCUACUUCCAAAAUUUAUGGUAUGCAGAGCAAAGAAGAAUUACGUGUACCCAGUGACGUUUUAAAUAGUAAAAAAAAAAGUUUAGGCGUAGAAGUUUGUGUCACUUCGGGAAAUGGCGAUGAAAGAAUUGGCAGUGCAGAAAGUGCAGGUAGUCAUGAUAGUAUCAAUCAAGAAAUUCAUCACUUUAAACCUAUUAAGGCAAUGCCACGAACACCUUUCAAAAUGUCCAUAGAUGGAAAACAAAUUGAACCAAGAUUGGUUAGAGUGAUACCUGUUUUAAAAAGAAUAUCUAAUGCUUUACCAAAGGCUCCAUCUCCAACUCAUUUAAAGAGAAUUAUUGGAUGUUCAUGGAGUGCUUUUAAAGGUAAAAUCAGGCAAGAUAUGAAAAUAAAAGAGAUUGUGUGUAAUUCAAAAGAGAAAAUAAAUGAAGCUGAACAACAUCCAUCAACUUCUCUUACCCAUCAAUUCAAUAAUAAAUCAUUUAAGUCUCAGAUACAUGAUGCUAUACGCAGACUUGAAUUGGUUCCUGAUUUAUCAUUUGAUAGUAAUAAGAAUUAUGCCAAGAGUAUAAAUAAAACAAUUAAUGGUACUAAAGUAAGUAAAAAGCAAAUCUUAGAUGAGCAUGUAACUUCAGGAAAGGUCCAAAAAACAUGGAAAUCGCAAAUAAAGAAUGGCAUGGUGGGAAAAAGUAAGAGACAGAAAAAUAUGUUGUUAAAAAGAAAAGAUAUCGAGUUAACAUUAGAUAAAGAAGAGGUAAAUGAUAUUGUAACGAGUUUUGAUUCUUCAUUGAAUAAUCCUAAGGAACGUUUAGAAUGUAACGAACAGGAAGAAGGUAGUAGGGAUAAUCUAGCUGUAGAAAAUAUUGCGGAAAGAAUUAAAAAGAGGAAAGUAAAUGUCAAAAGAAAAAAUUCACAAGUUGAACAAGACAAAAUAUUGGAAGUAGAUAGCGAAGAUGAAAGGAAAUCUACAACUAAAAGAAGUAUAAGGAAAAGAGCUUUAUCUAGAAAAAGUAAUAAUGAAACAUCAACGAGUGAACAAUCUGCAGUUACUGUACAAAAAAGGAUAAAGUUGAAUUGUUCACACAAGCCUACAUUAAGAAUCAAAAGUGAAAAUAUAAAAGAUGAUGUAGAUAGUCUCAAUAAACAAUGCAACACUACUACUCAUGGAUUAAGAAAGUCAAAUAGAAAUAUCAAAACAGUAGUCAAUAAUUCUUUCCCAAAAUAUGAUCAAGAGGUUUUAAGUAAAGAAAAUCCUAACAACAAUAAACAUAAUUAUGAUCGAUUAAACCCAUGUCUUGCAUCAGAAGAAACAAUAUCAGAUUAUAAUGCCCAUAAUGCUAAAAUAGUCAAUGAGAAUGUUUUAUCAAACGAAGAAGUAAUUAAAGAACAAGAAAGAAUAGAAAGAUUAGUUCUCCAAGAAAAAGCAGAUUUUGAAUUUGCUAAAAGAUUACAAACUAAGUUUAACGAAAUGGAACGAAUAGCUGGACGUACACGGCGGUCUAGAAAAGCGAUUGAAAGUGAAGAUAUUUCUUUAGAUUUAUAUAAAAUAGAAGUAGGAAGAACUGUGCAUAAAGUAACCAGUACACAUACUGCCAAACGAUCAACUCUUAAUCAAACUGUAAGCAGUGAAACUAAACAACGUGGUAGGCCUCGAAAGAGUGUUAAAUAAAUACUGAAAGUUGUUGCUGCAUUUCAACUAAGAACCCUCCAAGACGGAUGUUCCUAUAAAAUAUAAAAUACAAUUUUAAUUUCAUUUUCUAUAUUAUAUAUAUAUCUAUAUAUAUUUUAAGUAUUUUGAAGAAAAAUACUUGCACGAUAUAAUAUACGUACCUGGAUAUAUUAUGACAAUUGUAAAUGAAGGAUCAGAGAACUUAAACGAAAUUUUAAGAGAAUAAAUAUAGUCAUUGACACUCACAUACAUAUAUAUAUAUAUAUAUAUAUAUAUAUAUCAUUGAAAAUUGACAAACUUGAAUUUGAUCAAAAGUUUGUUUACAUGAUUUUUGGAUUAAUAAUUAUUUCAAGAUCUUAUCACUUAUAAGUAACUAUGAUAAUAUAAAAUUAUUCUCAAAAAUCAAAAUAAGAAAUGGCAGUAGGUGUUUCAAUGUGUAGAACUUAAAGCAAUAUGAAAGCGCUCCCAUACAACAAAAUAGAGAUACUAAAAUUCUUUACGGGAAAAGAAAAUAUAUUUCUUCAUUAACUCUCAUUAUUUUUUCAUGUAUUCAUCUUUGCUACGAGUAUCGAUUCUUUUUCGGCAUUCUAAAAGUGCCAAAUACGUAAUGGAUGUAAAUGCAGCUGACAAUGUUGACGAUAAAUCGUCUAAAUAAAAGGAAAAAGACGAUAGCGAUCGUUCAAGAAAAGAAAAAAAAAAGGAAUCUUAAGAAGGUCACAAAUAUUUGCUAAUUGCAUAUCUUUUGAUAAUAUUUUCCUUUUUUUCCCCAUACGAUAUAUAAUAUUUCUCUUAAUUUUUCCUAAAUAGUUAACGAUUUAUAUAAAUCUAUUUCAAUGACUUAUAGAAUAUACAUUAACCAGUAUUUCAAUAUUAUAACUGAUUACCUGCCUUUAUAUUUUCUGAAUAACGAAUAUAUCGUAAUAUUUAUUAAAAUCUUAAGGAAACUACAUGCUUCCAGAAGUUAGAAGUACAGCUCGUUUGACUGUUAAAUACACCAACUACCUUUUUCAAUGCAGCAUCAUUACAAGCUCACAUGCCAUUGUACAUACGAAUUUUACUACGUACUAUGUAUAUAUUAAUUGGCAGCAUAAUUUCAAUACAAUAAGAAAAGGAAAAAAAAAAGAAAAGAAAAGAAAGA